UUCAUAUUAGUAAAUUCAGUAAAGUAUGAAUUUCAAUUGAUUAUGUAAUAAAAUUUAAGAACUAUUGUGAAAAUUUCUAUUAUACAAAUAAGAUGUUCAUAGAUGCCUAUAUAAAUUGUUUAAAGGACUCUUUUCAAAGUGGCUUAGAUUACUUAAUAUUAUUAUUUAAUAUAAAUGGCAAGAAAGAAAAUAAAGAAGUAGAAAAGCAAGUGUCCUCGUAGUUAAAUGACCAAAAAAGAAUACGAAAACUUUUUAGAUGAGACUAACGAAUAUUGUAAAUUGCUGUAGACUAUACAUCCAGGGUUGGUUUAAGAGGAGAAAAAAUUAAUUUCCCAUAAAAUUUAAGAGGAUUCAGAUUGA